GAUUCUGCAGUACACUAUCACGUACAUACAUUACACGUUUCAUCGCAUUUCAAUCGAACAACCAUUUCUACCAUUGUCCGUCAUGAUCACAGGAUUGUUAGUUCACCUCUGUAUAGUUGGAUACUUUGCUCAUGGAAUGCCAAAACCUCCAGAUUCGUCAAACACACGGAUAAGACUUUAUAAAUUAGAUGAAGCAAAUAAGAUGAGUUGGAGGGCAGAGGACUUGUCGGAUGGGCUGCAACUAUUUCAUGAUCAGUCAUAUAAUCGUAACCAGCCGACAAUGCUGAUAGCACAUGGAUGGUUCCAACAUGCCGAGGACCCCGUUGUUGUCGAGCUGAUGGAAUCAAUAUUCAAGGUCAAGUUCUAUGAAAAAAUGAAUAUAAUGGUUUUGGAUUCACCGUAUUUCAUGGAUUCUCCCGUUUCAAAUGUGUUGUAUUUAACAACAUUACUUACCAAACUAGAGAUGCUUGGUGAAUCCAUCGCAGACAUGUUCAAUGGAGCAAUCAAGGAAGGUCUGAUUACAGCAGAUCAAAUCAACCUUGUCGGCCUGAGUUUGGGAGCUCAGCUGAGUGGAUAUGUAGGCCGAGCAGUGACAGGGAAGAUUUACUCCAUAGUAGGACUUGACCCAGCUGGUCCAGGUUUUGACUCACGGUUUCAAAACUGGACGAAGCUGCAGCACGUGAGCAAGUCAGACGCUCAGUUUGUUCACUUGUACCACACAAACUCUGUUACCUUCGGAACAAACCAGAGACUAGGGACAGCAGACUUUGAGUUUAACGAGGGUUUUAGUCAGCCUGGAUGCGCAAUGUCUAUCGAUCCGAAAUGCAGUCACAAAAGAGCAUUCUUCAUUUUCAUUGAUAUCAUUCUUGGAGACAACAAACUAAAAGCUCUCAAGUGUGGGACGCAAGCAGAUUUUAAGGAAUGCAAAUGCAGAGGACAACCUGAAGUUAUCCUCAAGUAUCCAGUUGAUACCAGAGCGGAAGGUACAUACUAUUUGAGAACAGCGCCAGAAGCUCCUUUUGGUCUAGGAAAGCCAGGUGUAUCAUGUUGGGGCCACCAUCUUGAAGAGUUGGAAAAACAAGAAAUGGACGAAUCCCCUUUAACGAAGACGAUACAGGCGUUACAAAUGAUAACGGAAACGAUAAGGAAAACGUGGAACUCCGAAUAACCGUUGAUAGUAAUUUUUAGUCAUAAAAAAUCCCAAAAUUAGUAAACAACAAUAAAAGAUGGUUUCAAAAAAUAUUUUUUGGUACACAGAGAACCUUUUGCUGAUUUCUUGUUAAGCUGGGUUUUCCUAGACGCGGAGUCGGCCAGCGGAGAGCGGACAACGGAGAGCGGAAUUGAAAUUAACAUGGCAUUCCGCUCCGCUGCUAGGAAAACAGUAACAUUAAAUUACCUAAGACAAGCUGAGUCCGCUCUCCGUUGUCCGCUCUCCGCUGGCCGACUCCGCGUCUAGGAAAACCCAGCUUUAGGAAAGUUCUGUUCCAAACAUGAGUGUAGCAAAUAUAUCCUAACAGUGUAUUAUUUUCACAUACACUAUUAUUAUUUAUUACGAUCUCACAUACAUUUCCAUAAAUCUAAUCUCAAUUGUCAGUUCUUAUGAUAGCCACGCACGAACUACCAGUUAUUUUGCUUCUCUGUAUUUAGAUGAAUGAUAGGCUAUAACAUGUAAUGCAGUUUUUAUUAAUAAAAUUCAUAAAUUUGAA